AUGUCUUCGCACCCUGAUAUCCUAAAAGCUCUGCAGGACACCGCUUCUGCAUCUCGACGUGGACGCCAGGAGCACUUUGCGGCUGAAGAUGGCGCUUCAGUGCGCAGUUCUAGCUUCGUCUCUGCGGGCAUGGUUACUAUCCCCCUCACUCCAGACGAUCCUGAUUCUGAGUCCGACUCUGAUGAGGAGGCUGAACGCUGGGAGCCUCUGAGCAGAGCUCAAAUUGAAGCCGCAAUUCGUUUGGAACACGCGGCUGAACAGGCUGAACCCCAGAGAAUGGUCUUUGACGAUAUGGGAAUGGUUGAUGUUCAUCACCCAGAGUCUGACGAGGACACUGACUCAGACGAUGUCGAGGCAGUAAGACGUGACAUUACACAUAGCUGGUUUGUCCCUAUGCCCCCUUUCUUUCGUGACCAUACCCCUGCUCCAGUCCCCGAACCUGCAGGUUUCGUCCGAAAUCUUCCUGGCGUACGGGCCGUACAAGAAGCUGUAUCCGCUACAGUACACAUCGCCCAGAACAGCAUCGCCAGGUCCUACAGCAGCGUUACCGGGGGUAUUAGGGCCACCACCCAGGGCACUUACAAUGCUGUCGCGACUGUCGGCCAGGUAGGCGGAUGCAUCGCUGGGGGAGCCUUGACUGCUGGGCAGAACGUUGCGGUCAUGGUUCAAGAGUCAUGGCCUAUCUUGCCGCGCCCGUUCAACCGCGGUAUCAUGGACAAUAUUACCGGAUAUCUGCUUGAGGGAAUGCAGUCAUUGCCGCCUUCCGACGCCAUUAUUCGUCCACAAGGAAGACGGAUGCAUUAG